UUGUCUAGAUAGGCUUCUCAAAAUUUAAUCUUCCUGUCUGGUUGGUCGUGUUUACAUGGAUGGCUAAAAUGACAGCGUCUUUAGAUUGGAGCCUGCAAACAUUUUUAUUGAUUGUGUCAACCAGGGUGUAUGUCAAUCCUAUUAUCCCAUUGGUAGCAAUUGGUUAGCGUGUUAUAUACGCUAUGUAAGGGAACACUAAUAUGGAUGUAGUGAACUUUGCUUCCUGUGCUAUUGGGAAAUGCCUGGACACUUUUUGCCUUAUACUAGACUUGGUCAUCUGGUUUGUGAAUUGGCUAGGCCGACUUUUCUCCAACAUGGGUUCAUCAAUGCACGACCUGCAAGUGGUCCCGAGUGGCUCCAUCUUACUAGAAUACUGGAACUGUGCACUGUUCUCUUUCCUCACUGUAACAGAGGUGGUCACAAGCACAGCACACGGAGCUUUCAAUCUACUGGAGGGAUGGCUUCAGACCUUAGGAGGGGUGUUUGAGAGUUUCAAAAUGGUGGGCCACCUCUCUUCUCAUGUUGCAUGGCGCACCAAGGAGCUGCUACACCGCGGAUUCCUGUCUGGACAUACUGUGCUUAAACAGACUUGUGACGGUUUUAGUAUUGCGUUCAGCCUCGUUCUCUACUUUGUCAACACUAUCGUCAACAUUCUUCUCAUUGGUACCCAAAACUGCUUCUCUGCAAUGGUAGGGGCCUGGGAGGCAGUGUCAGGCCCCCUGCAUAAAGCCUUGGAGCUGGCCCUCACACUUCUCACCUUCCUAUACAGCUGCCUGGUGGGCACCUCUGUAUUGCUUUGGACACCCUGCCAACUAGCUCUUGAGUUUCUGGGCUCCCUCGGUCAUGUCUUUAUCACAGUAUUCAUGCUCAACAUCUAUGGCUUGCUCUUAACAGCAGUCAUUGUUGCUUUGACCUUGCUAUAUCUCAACCCAGAGAUGCCUCAUCAUGUGGCCCAGCAAUGUCUUCACUUUGUCAACACAAUCCCAGGAAUGCUAAGUCUACAGAGAACCAUCUAUAGACUUUACCUGCUGGCCAUGGAGCAAGCUCAAGCUCUUCAGGACAAUGGAGCUGGACCACAGGCUAUGGGGCAGGUGGCCCAAGCAAGACAGCCAAGGGGCAGAACAGUACAGACUUCUGUGGACCAAGGUGGAGUGGGGCACUUAGUUCUGGAUCCAAGGGCCCCAGGUAUUCCUACUGACCAUACAGGUACCCUUCUUCCCCCAGAACAGACUGGAAGAGAACAAGUGGAGUUAUACUCAACACUUCAACACCUCGACAGUAGGUGGGAUGACAUCAACCUUGACCCAGACCAAUACCACCACCAGUCUACAACAAGGACUACAGUGAAGCAGCAGCCUGCCUCUGGCCAAGGCAGCCAGGCCCCUCCGGUUGACACUGGCCUCCUCAGUCUAUUGAAGGAGCAUGAGGAGAGGAAGAAGUGCGUAAUCUGUCAGGACAGGGUCAAGAACGUGUUGCUGCUGCCCUGCCGCCACCUGUGCCUGUGUCGCCACUGCUCGGCCAUCUUGCUACAGCAGCCCCCCCAGCAGCACAGCUGUCCCCUCUGCCGACAGGCCAUCACACAAACCAUGGAUGUCUUUCUCUGAGGGAACUGGUAGUGCACUUUGGGGUACCAUUUCAGACACCCCCCCUUAGUUAAAGAGCGAGGGGAUGGCUUCAGCUUGACUUCCAAUGGGCUUUAAAAGAGCUUCUGCCAUAUUACUUAUUUCUUUGUACAUUUUAGAUCUACGAACACUGAAGGGGAAGACUUUAAACUCAGGAUAAUGAGUGAUGAUAGACCUCCACAAUGUAUAGCUGUGCUGAUAAAACACAACUCUUGUCCACUGUCAUGUAAAAAAUGGUACUGUAUGUAUGGUGCCUAUUUAGUGGGGUGGAACAUUCAGAUAGACAUGAAUUUUAUAGAAUAGCACUGACUGUCGAGUUUUGUUGGCUCUGUGCAGUACAUUGCUAUCCAUUCUCUGACCCAAAUAAGCCCAUAGGGUUUCUGAUGCUCACACUUUGCUUCCACCAGUUCAAUUAAUUCAUAUUGCAGCUUGCAUUUUAGGCGUUUGGUCCUUUUAGUUUAUAUAAUGUGGACAUAUCCUUGAUGGUUUUCCACAGUUGCACUAACUAUAUUGCACUGGCUACGAAGCUGCUGUGCUGGCUUGUACAGUGAACAAAAUAUUACAUUUGUAAUUGAAUAGACGUUGAAUACUUCCAGUUCCAUCUUUCAGGCACAUACUGUAGGAGCGCUGCACCUGUACUGUCAUAUUUUAUAUAGAUAACUUAGAAAUGACUUAUAGGCCUAUAACAAUGUAUAAAUUGUGAAGAUGAGGAAUAAUCCCAUUUGUUUGAGAACUAAUAAAUUCAGAGUGAACUAGACUAACGUUGCUCUAAUAUAUUUCAAGGAACUGUUUAUCAUCCAUACUGUAUAUGUAUACUGGCAAAAUGUUACACUACCUUAAGUUUGUGUUAUGAUUUGAUGCACAAGGUCAUGCAUUUUUCUAUGUUUUGUACUUAUGAAUGUUUUUUUAAAGUUAUUCAGAUACACGUGUUGUCUAUUCAUUACCCUUGUCAAUGUUUUUGUAUCAUAUCAAAUAAACAUGCAACAGGCUAUGCCUUGUAGGCUAUAGUUCCAUAUAA